CCCACCAAAAAUGUCGUAACAGGAAAUGCUUGCCUCUGCUUAAAAGGGGAGAAAUUCUUCUUUAAAAUAAAAGGAGAAAUUUAGUGUUUUGCAAAUGGAUCCUAAGUACACAGUAAGGAAACUAUUUACAAAAGUCUGAAUCUACUACAGCCGAGAGUAAAUAGACAGAAGGAAACGAGUCUCUUUCUAACGCAUAUCCACUCAUUGAAUUGACAGACAGAGCGCCAACUGUCAUUCGCCAAGUCCGUAGCAGCACAGACAGGACAGAACAUUAACACAGAUAUUUCUUAUAAUGGGAUCGAGAGCUUCAACGUUGCUUCGAGAUGAAGAAAUUGAAGAGAUUAAAAAGGAAACUGGCUUUUCCCACAGUCAGAUAACACGACUGUACAGCCGAUUUACCAGCCUGGAUAAAGGAGAAAAUGGGACACUAUGCCGUGAAGAUUUCCAAAGAAUACCAGAACUUGCUAUUAACCCUUUGGGAGACAGAAUAAUCAAUGCUUUUUUUCCAGAAGGAGAGGACCAGGUGAACUUCCGUGGGUUCAUGCGGACGUUGGCACAUUUCCGCCCUAUUGAUGACCAUGAGAAGAACAAAGACCCCAAUGUUUCUGAACCACUAAACAGCAGAAACAACAAGCUGCUUUUUGCUUUCCGUCUUUACGACCUGGACAAGGAUGACAAGAUAUCACGGGAUGAGCUUUUACAGGUCUUGCGCAUGAUGGUUGGUGUUAACAUCUCUGAUGACCAGUUGGGCAGCAUUGCUGACAGGACCAUUCAGGAGGCAGAUCAGGAUGGCGACAGUUCCAUUUCCUUCACCGAGUUCAUAAAGGUUUUAGAAAAGGUGGAUGUAGAGCAAAAAAUGAGCAUCCGAUUCCUUCACUGAAAGAGGAUGUCUGCAUUUAGCUGAGGAGUUGCAUCACAUCAUCUUGUAAAUAAAACAGGCUUUUCAUCUGGUGUGUGUAUCAUACAGACCCAAGAAAAUAAUAAAUGCAAUUUCUUUCUUUUUUUUUUUCUUUUUUUAAUGUAUGUGGACUUUCAACCUUGUGCUGCCCCAUGUGUAACAAAGGAAGGUUGUGUGCUUUGGAAUGUAAACAGUGCCCACCAAAGUUUGUUUAAGGUUUCAAAACGUUCUUCUGCUGUACUUGAUAAAAGACUUGUUUGUGUGAGGAAAGGUUCCUAUUAAGCACUUCUUGCUAGCCCUAAAAAAUAUUGCAGAAAAAAAUUGGAAGCAUUUGAUGCCCUCCUUACCCAUCAGCUUGUCCUCCUUUUGAGGUUUUGACAGUUUUGUUAUAGCAGUGCUUUUUAUAUUGUUUAAUUUUCCAUAAUUUAGAAGUUUUAAUCUUAAAAUUGUCCCGUGGGGUUCCAACUGCUUGAACAGGACUUAAAAAAACAACUAAAAAAAAACAAGCAAACUGUCGCCUCAGCUCAUGUGCUACUAAGGGUAGGUCUGUGUCAUAGCGGCCAGGUUUCCACCCUGCAAAUAACAAAUAACCUCUCUGACCAUGUAGCUCAUAAACAACAUUAAUGCACACAUGCAAAAAAAUCUAACUGCAUAAUUUUGGUCACCAAUAGUCAAUUGCCAAAUAUUUUAUCGAUGCAAUGUGAACAAAAUCCUUAUUUAAAAAUAAACCACUAGCUGCUGUUCAGGAACAAAGAUCUAAGUGAAAGAGUUCCAAUGAGUUACACUUAUGGUGUUGGUCUGAUUGCAUGAUAAAUGCUAUAUUGGGUUUUUUAAUUUCCAGGUGAACUACAUGCAAAUAAAUACAGAUAUUGUUUAACCACAUUAAAAUAUUGUUGUUAGUAUGGUAUAUUUUGCUGUCGGUCAUUACAUUUGGUAUCAUGCCCAUUUUGUGGAGCAAAGAAAUUAGAUUUAACACACCCCUUAGGGUACACAAUAUAACAUUCCAAUUGCAUUGCAGAUUGAAUCAUUCCAGUUUUUACUGUGAGCUUUGUACAGUACAUGUUCUUCAUAAUAAUCAGAUGUGUUUUAUUAAGUUCACGCUUAAAUGGCUCACACGGAUAUGCAAUAUAAACCUGGAAUUAUGCCCUGCUACCCAAUCUAUGUGCCCUGUGUUGUCAUUUCGUCUAUGACUUGUUUUUAGGUUCCGAGGAGAAGAAUAUCUUACAAAUGCAAAUCCAUGGUCCUUGAGGAGUUUACACAGGAGACUGUACCGUGGAAAUCAUGAGGGAAAAUGUUGGCAAAUUGUAUGUUUGGCAAUAUGUAUUAAAAAUUGUUAUUUUGUUUGCAGUAAUCUAUGCCAAAAGGCUAACCUAUAAUUUUGCUAAUAAAUAUCUAAACCUA